AUGGCCAUGAUGCAAGAGUAUCUGCGCGCCGUCCGAUUCUACCUCUGCUCUCAUCCUGAUCCAUACUCGGACUCGUACAAUUUUGAGGAUUGCGGGUUUUGGAAAAUCUUCUAUGGCGAGGUAAUCUUCAAUCUCGAGGAAAAUCUAUUGCCUAGGUUUGAGAUUGGGGAUAAAAUAUGGACAGAAGAUAGCUGA